AUGGCCAUAUUCGCUGACGACGCGCCCCAUGUGGCGGGGAGUGUCAUAAUGCUUACGGCGGUUGCUUUCAUCACCUAUGCUUUGCGAGUGUAUUGCAGACUGAGCAGAAAGUCUUGGGGCGCAGAAGAUUGGAUCAUGACCUCCGCAGUGUACUUCCUCAUUUUUGAAGUUGGAUAUGUAGCUGCGAUCAUUCCGAUCAAGCUCAGCAUCAGCUGGAUGCUAAUCCGAGUGGCUGAGGGGAGGAAGUUGUACAUCAAUAUCCAGUACGGUGUUAUCGCAAUGUUUGCGACGAUGAAUAUAAUUGCCUUAAUAUUCAUCCUCAUCAACUGCACCCCGCCUGAGGCUGCGUGGAACACGAGUCUUCUGAAGAAAGGAGCUUCCUGCCGACCUGCUCAUGUUCUCACUGACAUAUACUACGCGACCACUGCUGUGAACAUCGUCACUGACUGGGUGACGGCCUUAAUGCCUAUCCCGCUACUGUGGCGUGUCCAGCUAGACCGUAAUACGAAAAUAUCUAUCAUCGGGCUGAUGGGCUUGGGUAUACUGGCCUCCCUCUCAGCCUGUAUUCGACUCAAGUACACGGUCAACCUCCAAAAUCAAGCCGACUUCCUCUUCGCGGUCGCCAACGUGGUUAUUUGGGGGUUUGCAGAGAACGCGAUCGGCAUGAUCGUCGGCAAUGUCGCUACACUACGCCCACUGUUCCGCAGUCUUUUCGAACGAACGAUUCGCAGCAAAGGAUACGGCAGCCAUUCUCACCGGACGGGUCCUUCGAGAUUCGCCGCGUCAUACGAAUUAUCCGGCCACGGGAAGAGUGCCAACAACACUUUCACCACGUCGGUUGUUGAGAGAGGCGUUCAGGGUAAGAACAGGGAUAGCUACAGCCAGCUGAGCGACGGGGACAGCCAGAAGCAAAUUAUCCAGAACGACUGCCACGGACAUGCUGAUAUCAUGGUCAGUCGGCAGGUCAACAUCACGUACGAGUAA